AUUGUUGGCUUCUCUCUUGAUGGUUUUGCUCAUAGACAAGCAAGUGGGGAAGAACCAGAAGCUAGGAAGGCCAGCCAAAGUCUGGAUCUCUAGAGUGUGGCUCAAGUCAUACCAAACUGAAACUUUGAGCUUACUUGUAGCAGGUGAAACCUCGUGCAACACCACCCCAAACCCCACCCACCCUUGCCAAAAGACCAUAAAUAUUGUUGCUGCAAACCCUCUUGUUUGAAUUUCCAUCUCUUCAAACUUCGUCCAAUCUGCAGAUUCUCAUGGAAUCAGAAAGUGGUUAUGCUGGGUUCAAGAUGGAAGGGAAGAACUCCGGUGCCUCGAUGUACAUUCAUUCUGACGACGAUCUUCCGAGGAAGCUUCAGGAUGGGGCCUGCUGCAUCAACAUAUACGUGAACAACAACGUUCAGGGGGUCAACAACUCCAUCCUGGCAGAGAGCCAAGUGACCAUGAAGAAUCCUGGCAUUGCCAUCUAUCUGAAAUUCGUCGAAAGAUGGAAUCAGAAGCGGAAGAGGUCAGUCUCGAAGAGGAAAUGUAGGACGAAAAGGGAAGAUGUGGUGAAGAAGAAGAAAAAGAGUUCAGGAUCAGGUUCGAAGCUGGGGUUGGUUGGGUUUCCUGGGAUGUUGGUUUUCUUGGGGACUUUCUUCUUAGUUUCCGUGUUCCUGUCGCUGGCAUAGGGAAUUGGAGAGCUGGGUCUGCGAAACUACUCUGUGUUCCUUUGUAAUAUUUAAACUAGCUUUUACCAAACAAAGGAAUUUCGUUUCAUCUUUUACUAUUUGCAUUAAUAAGUUAAUUCGCAUUUUUAAAUGAUUUGGAAUCUUCUUGAUAGUUUACGCAUGAUUUGAAAUUAACAUAGAUACGAAUCUUGGCACCCAAGAUUAUCGUAACAGGAUGUGAUUAAGAAUAGAAAUAGAGAGAUGAGACAAGAUUUGGAGAGAAGAAGAGUAAGAACCGGCCGGCAGCCGAUUUAGGGAGAAGAGAGGAAAUUAGGGUUGGGAGAUACGUAGAACUAUUUUUUUAUUGAUUCUUUUACUGAACGAUAAAGUACAUUAUAUAGACCCUGACACGAAACCCUAAUCGACCUAACAUAACAAAAUACUAUAUUGCCCCUAUAGUACAUUAUGCUAGUUGUUACAUACAGAUUAGUGAUAAUUAACUCAGGUAUUUUAUUGAUCAUUCAUCCUAGCUUAGAAUAGUCUAUAUAAUUUUUCAUAUUUUAGAAUACUUUUUUUUUUGUUUCCAUAAAUUGCUUAUCAAGUAUUUUUUUCUUAAAUUUUUAUAUUAUUAACUUGUUUUACUAUUAACUCCAAAUGAGAAUAAUACAAUUAUUCACGGAAAUUCUAACUAGGAACUCAAUGGUGGCCUAGUAAUAUGGAAGGAUAAAACUCACAUGCUGGGUUUUAAGAACCUAUAAAUGAUCAAAAUGCGAAUUCAUUUUUGAUUCAUAUAUAUUUUCAAGACAGUUAUGUUGCUAAGAGUUGACAUUGACAUAUAAAGAUAGCCCAAGACAAUUGGUCAAAAUCUCAAAUCUUCUAAGUAUUCAGUGGCUAGCCAAGGUGUUUAAUAUGCACUAUCUUAGUCCAAAAAUUGGAGUAAUUAUAUUUAUGCGAUUGUUGAUUGAAUACAAAAUCUCUACAUUAAUGUAGAUAAUUUUAGAAAAACUAAUGUUUUGCGAUCUACAUUUUAUUUUUAAUUCAUAUAUUAUGGAAGUGAGUGUAAUAUAAACAAAAACUUAAAACUUAAUGGUGUUUGUUACUAUCUAGUAUCUAUUGUCAUUCAAGUGUUGAAAGAGCACUUAUUGCAAUAAGCAAAGUAAAGAAACACUUCUAAGUAAGAUGAGUUGUGGGAUCAUGAGAGAUUUUUCCAUGUGAUAUCUUAACAUCUCUCAUAGUUUGCAUGAUAAAUGUAUUUUAGAAUAUUUUUUCAAAACACGAGCAUAUUCUAUAACAUACAUUAUAUAUAUAUAUAUAUAUAUGAUGACUUCUAUCGUACACCAGACAUAUAUUGGGGUAUGUCAUACACCAGCAAUCUUCACCGUCCACGUCGAUCUCAACAACCAACAUUAAUGCGGGUUCUUUUUUGUGGGAUUAAAAAAUAAAUUAUCUCAUUUAUGCUGGCCGUUGAGACGAACGUAGAUGGUGGAGAUUGUCCGGUGCACGACAUACACCAGGUUGUAGAACGGUCCUGUCAUGGGUGGGAGAGAGAGAAAAGAAAGUCUGGGACUAGUAUGAUUUCAUACAUCAUCAGGAAAGAACUGGUGUACGAUAGAACCAUCCAUAUAUGUAUAUUCCAUAUUUGACCCAUUUUAGAUGAAUUUCUAGCUACGUCAUAGUAAGUAUUUAUGUAUUUAUUUUUUAAUAAGAACUUUGUGGGUAA